CACACACACAUACACACACACACACAAACAUAUGCAGUUGCAGAAAAAAUAUCUAAGGUUGGUUGUCGAUUGCUAUCAGAAAUGCUAUAAAUAUCACAUCUAGGGUUAGGGUUAACAGCUGAGGUCUUCUUGUAAUUGUUUUGAUCUUUCAGUCCCUAACUAUUUCCAACCGUAGAAAUUAAAGUAAAAGAACAAAAACUUAUUAUAUAUUUUUCUCUUCUUCUUUAAUAUAUAGGCAAUAUUACAAGUUUAGAUUUCAUAAAAAAAACAAUCAAGAAGAAGGAGCUAAGAGGAGAAUUGAAGGGAGAAAGCAUGAGGAAGCGUCAGGUGGUGUUGAGGAGAGCCUCGCCGGAGGAACCUUCUAGAAGCUCGUCCACGGCUUCGUCUCUGACGGUGAGAACUGUGAGAUACGGCGAGUGUCAGAAGAACCAUGCCGCGGCCGUGGGAGGUUACGCUGUUGACGGCUGCCGUGAGUUUAUGGCAAGCCGAGGCGAGGAAGGUACCCUGGCAGCACUAACGUGCGCCGCCUGUGGCUGCCACCGCAGUUUCCAUCGAAGAGAAAUUGAAACCGAGGUUGUUUGCGACUGUAAUUCACCUCCUUCUACUGGAAAUUAGACAAGAAAAAUCUAGAGCUAGCUAUGAGUGUGUUUGUGUCUUUGUGUGUUACAUAUACAGAUUAAUCUGAAAAUAUUAUAUUUGCUUUUUUAUUUCUUCUUUAAUAUUAAGGGCUUGUGUUUCUUUGUGAAUUUAAGAAGAAACUAUUAGAGAUUUAUAGAUUGGAGGUGGUGGAAGCAGUGAAAGAUUUAUUAUAAUUGGAUGCUUUUGGGGUUUGAGAAUGUUUAGGAAAAGGUUAGGCUUCUGAAGUGAAAUAUUAAGAUUAUUGUUUUUUUUUUAAUGUAAUAUAUUGUCUGAUUUCUUU